GGAGGGGCGGGUGGUGUUUCCGUUGCUUGGAGUGGGCUGAGAGCCGCUGUCUGGAGCCUAUUCUGCUCGCAUCCCUACCCUCCCCUGCGCGCCGCCGCCCCGCGCUCCGCCGCUUUCUGGGAGGUUCGGGGCACUUAGGUCCUUCUGUCACCCUCGGUUUUGCAUCGCCUUCUCCUGACCUGAGCAGUCGCCAUGGCACAGGCUCUUAAAGGCACCGUGGUUGCCUUCCCUGGAUUUGAUGAGCGGGCUGAUGCAGAAGCUCUUCGGAAGGCCAUGAAAGGCCUGGGCACUGAUGAGGAGAGCAUCUUGACUCUGUUGACAUCCCGAAGUAAUGCUCAGCGCCAGGAAAUCGCCGUGGCUUUUAAAACUCUAUUUGGCAGGGACCUGCUGGAUGACCUGAAAUCGGAACUGACUGGAAAAUUUGAAAAAUUAAUCAUGGCUCUGAUGAAACCUUCUCGGCUUUAUGAUGCCUAUGAACUGAAGCAUGCUCUUAAGGGAGCUGGGACAGAUGAAAAAGUACUGACGGAAAUUAUUGCUUCAAGGACACCUGAAGAACUGAGAGCCAUAAAACAAGUUUAUGAAGAAGAAUAUGGCUCAAGCCUGGAAGAUGACGUGGUGGGAGAUACAUCAGGGUACUACCAGAGGAUGUUGGUGGUUCUCCUUCAGGCUAAUAGAGACCCUGAUGCUGGAAUUGAUGAAGCACAAGUUGAACAAGAUGCUCAGGCUUUGUUUCAGGCUGGAGAACUGAAAUGGGGGACAGAUGAAGAAAAGUUUAUCACCAUCUUCGGGACACGAAGUGUGUCUCAUUUGAGAAGGGUGUUUGAUAAAUACAUGACUAUAUCAGGAUUUCAAAUUGAGGAAACCAUUGACCGAGAGACUUCUGGUAAUUUGGAGCAACUACUCCUUGCUGUUGUGAAAUCUAUUCGAAGUAUACCUGCCUACCUUGCAGAAACCCUCUACUAUGCUAUGAAGGGAGCGGGGACGGAUGAUCAUACCCUCAUCAGAAUCGUGGUGUCCAGGAGCGAGAUUGAUUUGUUUAACAUUAGGAAGGAGUUCAGGAAGAAUUUCGCCACCUCUCUUUAUUCCAUGAUUAAGCUUCUGUGACUCAUGGAGGGUAACGGAGUACAUUCGGGUUUCAGGGUGAUACGUCUGGGGACUAUAAGAAAGCCCUCUUGCUGCUCUGUGGAGGAGAGAACGACUGAGGUACCAGCUGGAGAGAGAUCCUGCGCCAUGCUGGCCACAGCCGCCGUGACGCCGGCGACCUUCCUAAGCCUCUCACUGUGCUUGCUUGUAUGCCCGUGCCUGACGCAUUGCCUUAUUCAUACUAGCGUGCUAAUGACCAAAACAUACAUGUUGCAGAAGAAGAAUAGCAGUGCUUCUUGCUGAUGUUCAGUAAAGCUCUUUCUCUUUGUCUUUUGUAGUACUGAAGCAUACUUACAUUACUAAAGUCUAAAGUCUGGGUCAUUUAGAUUUUCUUUUAAAAGAUCUGACUGCUUUUAGCCUUUUUAAAAAACUUCAUUUAUAUUAAAUUGAUAACUGUAUUUCCUUAAUCGGAACCUUAGCCUUAAAAUGAUGAACUCCUGGAAGUGUUAUUAAUCAAGUUUGCUACUAAACUAAACCUGAAAAAUUACGGUGGUUGCAUUAAAAGAUUAAUGAGAAAUAAACAUUUCCUUCCCCCUGA